ACAGCAGCCGGGAGGAAAGCCACCGUCUCAUCGAGUAGACUUUGACAUCACAGCAAACCAGCAGCCUCCUGGACUCAGUUGGGCUCCAAGGUUCUCAUCUAAAUCCUCUUGAGCCGCCCGGUCACAGCGUGCGGCUGUGCGUAAAAAUGGAGCUGUCGGCGUGCACGCAGCACAGCGCUCUUACGCACACGCACAGACAUUGCACACGCGGAGAAACUUGCUUUAAGUGAAGGCUGCGGCGUGCAUGGCAGCUUCUUCACAAACUGAUGAUGUGAAGUAACGCCAUGUGGACCAGAACCGGGCGAGUCCGUCAGUUGCGCUGAGGAAGGAUGCUGAGUGAAGAUGCAGGAGGACAUUUGAGACAAGCUUACACAUUCCAUAACUCCAUUUGGGCUCUGUAAGUAUGAGCAGGACCACCAUGGAGAGUCUCAGUGAGCUCCAGAAUCCUCUUCUCGACAAAAGCAACAGACAUGUCGUGCAGGGUUACCGUGGCGACUACCCAACCCAGCGGUACCAUGAGGACAGCCUUGUGAGCAACUACUACAGCGGGACUAAUGAUGAGCACAAGUCUCAGCAGUUUCUAGACGCCACCUCACUUCAUCUUGCGGUGGAGGCCUUCUACAAACCAAACUUGAUCUUGUGUAAGGACAACGUCAGCCUCCACAGCAAAGACUCCAAGAGCGAGAGCUUUGAAACCACCUUCACAGAGAGUAAGGAUGCGGUGUUGGGCGAGGACUCCGCAGAGAACCAAAGCGCACAAGGAGAGAAGGAUGUAAAGAUCCAGACGGUGUCAUAUGACGUGGAGGACGAGCAAGUUCCUGAGUAUGAGAGUGAUAGCUCCAGUGAAAGCGAGAGUGAGGACAACUUCCUGGUGCUCCCACCUCGAGACUACUUAGGCCUCGCCAUUUUCUCCAUGCUCUGCUGCUUCUGGCCUUUGGGCAUUGUGGCCUUCUACUAUUCUCACAAGACUGGCAAGGCCGUCGCUAAGGGAGACUUUUCCAGAGCAGGAAUGAGUUCCAGGAGAGCCCUUUUUCUAGCUGCUCUGUCCAUUACCAUCGGCACAGGGAUGUACGUGGGGGUGGUGGUGGCUCUCAUAGCCUACCUGUCCAAACCUGGACAUGUAUAGCACUGUCUAAAGAGGGACACAUGGGAGGAGAGUGCUGAGGAUGGACUUCAUUACUCCUGAAGGCGACUGGAUUUCAACAGAAUGAAGAUAAAAACAAACAUGGAGGAGAAACACUUAUUUGUCCAAAAAUAAGGACAGACUUCAUUAAUGUCAGAACGGGCGUCAUGUGAGUCAAACAACGUUGAUGUAUUCCCUAUUCAAUGUCAAUGUUUAAACAAAAUACUUUUUAUAUUAUCAUGACCCAGAAAAAAACGAGCUAAAUGUCAUUGUGGACACAAAACUGGUCAACAGGGAUCAACAGCAAUAUUUAUGUUUAUUCUGUACCGUAAAUGUAGUAAAUAAACACA